CAACCGAUUGGCCGGCAGCUUUUCCGACAGUUCUGCGAGACGCGGCUGGAGCUCCUCCGGUGUAUCCACUUCCUGGAUGCUGUGGUAAGGUAGAAUAUGAGGUUUCCCCAGACGAGAAGCGGAAGGAAAUGGGAGAAGAGAUAAUCCGCAACUUUUUCAACAGCAAGUCCCCAGGCUACAUACCAGAGAUCAGCCAGUCUCUCGUGAACCAUUGCACGGAGAAUCUGCAGAGAAGCGCCUGCAAAGACCUCUUCAGCAGCUGCGUGCAGCACCUACACGAGUACCUCAGUGGAGCUCCUUUCACGAACUACCAGGACAGCAUGUAUUUUGACAGAUUCCUCCAGUGGAAGUACCUGGAGAGGCAAUCAGUGACCAAAGACACCUUCAGACAAUACCGGAUCCUUGGCAAGGGAGGCUUCGGAGAGGUGUGCGCGUGUCAGGUGCGGGCGACAGGGAAGAUGUACGCCUGCAAAAAACUGGAGAAGAAGCGCAUCAAGAAGCGGAAAGGGGAGGCCAUGGCUCUGAACGAGAAGCAGAUCCUGGAGAAGGUCAACAGCCGGUUCGUGGUGAGCUUAGCCUACGCGUACGAGACCAAGGAUGCCCUCUGCCUGGUCCUCACCAUCAUGAACGGAGGCGACUUGAAGUUUCACAUCUACAACAUGGGCAACCCCGGCUUUGACAACGAGCGGGUCACUUUCUACGCUGCAGAGAUUUGCUGCGGCCUCGAGCACUUGCACCGGGAGGGCAUCGUGUACAGAGACUUGAAGCCAGAGAACAUUCUCCUGGAUGAUGAUGGUCAUAUCCGGAUCUCAGAUCUGGGGCUGGCCAUCAAGAUUCCAGAAGGAGACACCAUCCGUGGCCGUGUAGGAACCGUUGGCUACAUGGCUCCAGAGGUGAUCAACAACGAGCGCUACUCUUUCAGUCCAGACUGGUGGGGGCUCGGCUGCCUUGUCUAUGAGAUGAUUGAGGGCCAGUCACCGUUCCGCGCCCGCAAGGAGCGGGUGAAGAGGGAGGAAGUGGAGAAGCGGGUUCAGGAGGACCAGGAGCAGUACUCGGACAAGUUCUCUGAAGAUGCCAAGGCCAUCUGCAAGGCGCUCCUGACAAAGGACCCCAAGCAGCGGCUUGGAGGGAAGGGAGACGAGGCCGCCCAGGUGAAGCAGCACCCUUUCUUCAAGACUAUCAAUUUCAAGCGCCUGGAAGCUGGGAUCAUGAAGCCCUCCUUUGUGCCAGAUCCCCGAGCCGUAUACUGCAAAGACGUGCUGGACAUUGAACAAUUUUCCACUGUGAAGGGUGUCAACUUAGACCAAACCGACAAUGACUUCUAUGCCAAAUUUGCCACUGGCAGCGUCUCCAUUCCAUGGCAGAACGAGAUGAUCGAGACAGAAUGCUUUAAAGAUCUAAACACCUUUGGACCAAACGGCACCCGCUCCCCCGACCUGGACUGGAAGCAACUCCCAGACCCGCCCAAGCGUAGCCUCUUGCAGAGGCUCUUCCGGCGUAACCCAAGUGACUUCACCAUCAGCGCCAACGCAAACUCCAACCUGUCAGCGGCUCCCUCGCCAGCCCGGCCCACAGCACAGGCUCCCUCCUGACCCAGAGGGCCCCUGGAGCCACCACUUGUCCUGUGCCUUCUCAGGGUUGCCUUCGGCACAGCGCUGACACCGGGGCGUCCCCGCGUAGCGCUGGACUCUACUACUGGCUAGGAGGUGGGGCAACACAGCCUUCCGACCGGCAGGAUGGGCAGAGCAGUAGCAACAAGCCUUCGACGCCUCCUGGUGCUGACACAGACUGACACACCCUCGGGGAUCCCCGAGGAUGACUCGGUUACCCCGAAACCAGGCUGCUCCCCACCAGGGUCUUCCCCCUUUGCCCUCCACCCUCUGAUUGCCUAGAGAACCCAUCCCUGUCCCAUGCUCCAUUCUCUCCAUCUCAGCUCCUACCACAACUCAUUAGAGACCACAGGUGUGCCUGGGAGGGGUUUUCUGUUCCUUGGAGAUUGUGAAGCCCAAAAAUGGGGAGAGAGAGAGAGAGAGACAGAAAGAGUGAGAGAGAAGAGGAACAUCAUCUGGUCAAAGCUGAAGACUUAUUGGUGUUCCACUGGCCUUUGUUUGUGGAGCUGGAAACUCGGAAUGCCAAACGGAGACACACACAAAGGUGUGUGUAUCAAACAACGGGUUUGUUUUCGUUUAUGGAGCAUUUUUCAGGAAUCCCACCCUCUCGAGACAACUCUAGAGCCUGGGGCUGUGUGCCAAAGGACAGCGGGGGACAAAGAGGCAUGAAGAGCACUCUCGGGUCCCGUUUGGAGGCAUCAACGCAUUAACGAAGGAUCAGCAUUAAAACUGGUGGAGGUAGACCAUGCCGAGAGUAGCUGUGGACAGUACAUCAGGCCGGAUAACGUAACAGGCCGUCAACAUUUCCAGACCUCACUUUUAACCCCAACCUGCAACACGAAAGGACUCCCUUUUCAUUUUUCCUUACAGAAUCUCCUCCACUGACUUCCUUCUCCUCUCUUUUCUUCUUGUCUCUCUCACUGUCUCCCAUUUCUCCUUCUCUGUCUCCCAUCAAAACGAGGUUGUGAUACUGCUUGUUAACACACCUGGAUUCGGGUCUCAGCCCAACAUCUGAAUGCCAAUGAAUUAACUGAUUGCAGGUUCUCUGCUGAGUGUGAUUGUGUUUGUGUGUGUUUUACAGCCCAGUCCUGUCUGGGUUUCCCCAGAAGAAAAGCCUACUCUAAACAUGUAGCAGGAUGAGGUGAGGAGGAAAUGGCAGGUGGGUGAUAAUAUUCUUGAAUGCUGUGCUACAUUUAAUUAAACAUACCCGCCCCACACAAAUAGAAAAUUAGCAAGCAGGAAGAGGAUUGGAUUAGAACCUUUGUCUCAGAUCUGCUUCUUUUCUACUUGCAUGAAGGGUUGGAGGGCGUUUCACCACAGGGGGACAUAAGUCAAUGUCAUCUGAAGCGGCACAGUCUAUUUGACCACCUCAGGAUUCCACCAGCUUGUUCUGUUAUAGGUUUAAAAUGGGCCUGGGAACUGAUUUAAGUUGUGCAACUGACCUGAUCAGUUUCUCUUCUCUCCCACCCCUGCAUGUAGUAAGCUAGCUCAUCAGUGAGCGAGGAAGUGUUCAGAAGAGGGCAAACAACUGUGUGAGAUGCAGGUGCCCCACUCACCCUGCCACCUGACCUGCUCUCCAGGUGAGCAAGCAGUGAGCCAAGCAAGGAAUCGAAACUUCCACACACACCUUGCUUGCUUUCCCUCUGUGGGGGGCACAAGUUGGGCCCAUAGAGAGAAAGAGGCCACAAAAGUUCAGUCCAGGGGCCACCAGAGUGCAUGGAUUCUAUUAGAGGUAAAAGCUGGGAUGUCCCCCCACAAAAAAAGCUAGAGCACUGUAUCCAAGUAACUUUAACCAGUGCUUUUUUUCUUUAAAAAAAUGUUUAGGAGUACUCUCAUUUUCCUACUCAUAUUGAAAUGCAGUUCCUCAAUGAGGCCAAACUUAGAUUCACAAAAUGUGUGUGUACCCCUGCAUCCCCCCAGGAAAAAAGCACUGACUUUGCAAUUAGUAGACCAGUUAGUGGACCAGAUCCAUUGCAAUUAGUAGACCAAAGUUAAGCAUAUCCGUUAUUUUUAAUGGGUCUGCUCUUAGUGGCAUUCUGACGCUGAAUGCCACUGCAGAGCCUUUGCUUUCCAAAA